AUGGAGAUGAGUCCGGUAGAGUGUGGGUCCGACUCGGCCAGUGAGGAGAGAUACUCGGCGGCAGCGGUGGGAGGACAGAGCCGGGAGACGGAGUCGGGAGGAUGGAGCCAGCAUGGAGAGAGAUGGGCCUUCCACACCCCUUAUGAGACUUUCUGCACCCCUCCUGAGACCCUCUGCCUGAGACAUCAGACAGGCACCCCAGGAACAGAACGACAGCACAAAGCCUUCCACACCCCUUAUGAGACUUUCUGCACCCCUCCUGAGACCCUCUGCCUGAGACAUCAGACAGGCACCCCAGGAACAGAACGACAGCACAAACCCCACCCCCUGACUGGGGAGACAAGGAAGAGGGCCCUGCUGGACAAGGAAGUAUUGAACUUUGGCAAAAUAACUUCUGAUACUUCCAGUCUCAGUGACAUUGCUGAUGGUGUUGCUGUAACAUUCAGAUCUACUUCCCCAGCGUUUAGGAAGCCUAUGGAUUCACAAAUUAUUCAUGGAAAUCAUGAAGAGAUUGAUUCCCCUGUCGAAGAGUCAACUCAAUUGCUUCUAGAAGAAAGUAACAGUGAAAGUGAAUCAUCGCACCCCAAAGAUGAAACACGCAGAGACAAAAGCCUUCUAUUGCGCGCUGUUUCUGAAGGAGACACAAAGUUAUUAAUGAGACUUCUCAGAAAUAUUAAAGACAGGUCCCGUAGAUAUUCCAAGACUGUUGCUCAAGAUUAUCUCUUGAAAAAACUAACAGCAAAGGACACCGGGAAAACCUGUUUGAUGAAAGCAUUACUGAAUAUAAACAGCAACACUCCAGAAAUAACGCGUAUCCUGAUUUCGUUUUCUGAAAAUAAUGGAUUUUGGGACCGAUUUAUUAAUGCUGAAUACACAGAGGAAAAUUAUAAGGGUCAGACAGCCUUACACAUCGCUAUUGAAAGAAGACAACUGGAAAUUGUGAAGUAUCUCAUUGCAAAGGGAGCCAACACAAACGCAUGUGCAAAAGGUGUUUUUUUCAACCCAGUGGAUAAAAAUGAUGGGUUUUAUUUUGGUGAAACUCCAUUGGCUCUUGCUGCAUGUACUAAUCAACCAGAGAUAGUUGACCUCCUUAUGAGUAAUAGCCACACCAAUGUCUCCAUGCAGGACACUUUCGGAAAUACUGUGCUCCAUGCUCUAGUAAAUGCUUCAGAGGACUCAAAGUCUCACAAUACAUUCAUUAUAAAUCUGUAUGAUAAAAUCAUACGGAAGUGUAACAACAAGUCAUUAGAAGGCAUUAGAAAUAAAAAAGGUUUUUCACCUAUGCAGUUGGCUGCAAAAACUGGUAAACUGGAGAUGCUUAAAUACUUUCUGAAUAGAGAAAUAAAGGAGAAAGAAAACAGGGUUCUGUCCAAGAGAUUCACAGACUGGGCUUAUGGCCCUGUUUCAUCUCAUCUGUAUGAUCUGUACGAUGUGGACACAAGCUCAAAAAACUCGGUACUGGAGAUAGUCGUAUACAAUACAGCUAUUAAUAACCGGCAUGAACUGUUGGCAUUAGAACCCCUCCAAACGCUGCUUAAGAUGAAAUGGAAAAAGUUUGCAAGAAACAUGUUUAUUGCCUCUUUUCUGCUUACCUUUGCCUUUAAUUUAGUUUUUACACUUCUCUUCUACCAGCCACAUGGAGAUAAGGCUCCGAAAUCUCUGAACCUCUCCAGUACAAGUGGACAAUUUGAACUGCUUGGCCAAGCAUUUAUUGUGAUUUGGGCCACAUGCCUAAUUAUUAAAAAGGGGGCUUCAAUUUUCUGGCUGAGUCCUUCAGAUCUGAAAUCAGUUGUGUCUGAUGCCUGGUUCCAUAUUCUUUUUUUCAUACAUGCAGUCCUUGUCAUCGUAUCAUUGUUAUGUUGUAUAAUUGGAGUAGAAGUGUAUCUGGCCUUUACAGUCAUUGCUAUGGCCCUUGGGUGGACAAACUUAAUGUAUUAUACAAGAGGAUUCCAGUCCCUGGGAGUCUACAAUGUUAUGAUACAGAAGGUCAUCUUGAAUGAUGUCUUAAAAUUCUUACUAGUGUAUGUUCUGUACUUAUGUGGAUUUGGUGUGGCUCUUGCCUCAUUAAUCGAAAACUGCCCCGAUGAUUCAGAAUGCAGGAGGUAUAACAGCUUUAGAAGAGCAAUUGUGGAACUGUUUAAACUGACUAUAGGAUUAGGAGACCUGGAGAUGCAGCACGAUUCGAAAUACCCAGUCCUGUUUCUGAUGCUUCUUAUUAUCUAUGUCAUUCUAACAUUUGUGCUUCUUCUAAACAUGCUGAUUGCAUUAAUGGCAGGGACUGUGGAUGACAUUUCAAAAGACAGCGAAAAUAUUUGGAGACUUCAGAGAGCUAGAACAAUUCUGGAGUAUGAAAAAUCCUUGCCAACCUGUUUAAGAAAUAAGUUUGAACUUGGAAAAAUCUGCAACAUCUCAGAAAAUGACCGUUUAUGUUUAAGAAUUAAUGAAGUUAAAUGGACGGAGUGGCAUCAUCAGGUUAUUUGCCUGAACGAAGAGCCCGGUAUUUCAAAGUUAAAUGGUGCCAGUUACAACGAUUUGCAUGCCAUUGAUGGACCGGUCCAUCCUAAACAAAUUCCCCAAAUUACAGUUCAAGUGCACAGUGCAGACAACUGA